AUGCCUGCUCCGUCCGCAGGGCCAGCGCGGAUAGCUUCGUCCACCAAUGGCAUCUCCGCUAGCUCGUUGCAGUUCCGCGCUCAGCCUUUCGUCAAGCUGGCCAUCGUCGCCAUGACGGCUUUGGUCCACCUCAUCGUACCCGUACUCUCGGCUCCCUUUUCUUUCGCCUCUUCGCAACUCGCAGCCACCUCUUCUACACCCGAAGCUUCGCGUCACAACCAUGACGAGGAUGACCCCGUCAGCGACAAUCCGCUCAAACUCACCAUCGACAUUCUCACCAUCGCUGCUCUCGUCGUGCUUGGCGGUAUCUUUGCUGGCCUCACUCUCGGCCUCAUGGGUCUCGACAUGGUCAAUCUUCAGGUGCUCGCCCAUUCCGGCUCCGACAAGGAGCGCAAGCACGCCACCAAGGUGCUCAAGCUCCUCGAAAAGGGUCGCCACUGGGUGCUCGUCGUCCUGCUGCUCGGCAACGUCAUUGUCAACGAAACCUUGCCUGUCUUCCUCUCCGACUUUGGUGGUGGUCUCGCGGCAGUCCUCACCUCCACCUUGCUCAUCGUCAUCUUUGGCGAGAUCGUUCCACAGAGCAUCUGCGCCCGCUACGGUCUCGCCAUCGGCGCCUUUUGCGCUCCCAUGGUUCAUGCUACCAUGCUCAUCCUCGCCCCUAUCGCUUGGCCCACCGCCAAGCUUCUCGACUGGUGCCUCGGUGAAGAGCAUGGAACCACCUACCGCAAGGCUGAGCUCAAGACCUUUGUCUCGCUCCACCAACAAAUCGGUACCGAGCACCUGCACGAGGACGAAGUCACCAUCAUCCGCGCUGUCCUCGAGCUCAACGACAAGACCGUUCGCGACGUCAUGACCCCCAUCGAAGACGUCUACAUCAUGUCCAGCGACACCAUCCUCGACGAAGAAGGCGUCGCAAAGCUCGUCAGGUCCGGCUACUCGCGCGUGCCCAUCCACGAACCGGGCAAGAAGGAUGCCAUCGUCGGCAUGCUGCUCGUCAAGAACCUCAUCCAAUAUGACCCGGAGGAUGCUCUGGCCGUUUCCAGCUUCCACCUCACCCCGCUUCCCGAAGCAAGCUGCGACCUUACGCUACUCGACUGUCUCAACUACUUCCAGCAAGGCCGCAGCCACAUGAUCCUCGUGUCUACUCACCCCGGUGAGUCGCGUGGCGCGCUCGGCGUCGUCACCCUCGAAGACGUCAUCGAAGAGAUGAUCGGAGAAGAGAUUGUCGACGAGACCGACAUCUACGUCGACGUUCACAACAAGAUCAAGGUCGUACGAAACCGUCAAGCCAAAGACAGUGCCGGUCAGAACUGGCAGCCUCUGAUUCGCGGCAUCAUUGAGCGUCGUCGAAAGCUCGGCGGCCCCAUGAAGGCACCGCUUCGCAGUAGCUACGGCACCGUCGGUAUUAUGAAGAACGACGGCGGCGCCAGGAACGAUGCCAAAUACGGCUUGCCCAGUAGUCAAGCUCGUGCCGUCGACAAGGUAGCCAUCAAACGUCCAGGCUCGCCUCAGUCCAUCGCUAGCAAUUCUCGCAAAGCAUCCGGUUCAUAUGAGCCAAAUACUCCCUUGCGCCGCGAGAGCUCCUCGUCCGUCGCUACCUCGAUCGACGGUCUCAAUUAUCAGGACUCGCCCCGUACCGUCUUCGUACACCAGAACUCCGGGAGCGCACAAAACUCCUAUUCGGAGCCCUACAUUGUCGAGGUCGGCAGCCAGGAUCGUACACCACGUGUCAUCCGGAUAUCCGACAUCCAAGAGUAUCCAGGUGCAGAAGAGAGAGCGAGAAAGGACGACGCACGCCAGCAAAACCAGAUCACUCGCGACGCUCGGAGUCGUGAUCAGCACGACGAUGACGCAGACGAUCAAGAUGGGGAAAGGCGACCGCUCCUCGAUGGCGUCAAAAAAGCCUUUGGGCGGGACAAUUAG